AUGCCCACGCCUCAUGACGAAACACCCACGCUCGACAUCUCCGCAUCAAGUUCAACUCACGCGACUUGCCCACCAGAAGAUCGAACAACCCACACCCAACAAGACAACCAUGUCCUGCCAACCCCUGAAUCAAGUCGUAAUACCAUAGCCGAACCUGUCGCUCAGAUGCCUACACCUGACGACGAACGAGACUCAGAGCCGACUAUGUCCGAGCCGCUCACAAAACCUAUGGACCUUGACGAAGAAUCCCUUGUCAAAGAGGCGCGUCUGCCAACUCCUUCUAGCCCAGUAAACGACGAUACGAAAGAGACGGAUUCACGAGCCACACCCCUAACCGCGGUUCAUUCUUCUCCGACCCAUUCGAGCUACCCUCUUAGCAGAAAAAGGUCGGGUAGCAAGUUUCGGGGAACACAACAAUCCGAUCGUCAAACCUAUGACGUUCAGGUUGAGAUCAAGCAUGUCGAUAUGGAAGAGUCAUUCGUGUGCGGCUACUUGCGCAUUCAGGGACUCACAGACGACCAUCCGACAUUAACCACGUAUUUCGAAGGUGAAAUCAUUGGCACUAAGCACUCUUUCCGCACCGCACAUCCAGAAUGGGGUUCUUCAGAAAAGGUCGACAUGCAACAUUGGGCGCGCUUCCCACCAUGGAAGCCUCUAGCUAAGCACGCCAAAUCGCCCAACUUCACAUGCCAGGAUUAUGCCCAGCGCGAACAUCUCUUUAUGAGGUGGAAAGAGUAUUUUCUGGUGCCAGAUCACAAGGUCAAGUCGAUCACUGGAGCGAGCUUUGAAGGGUUCUACUACAUCUGUUUUAACCAGCGCAAUGGCUCUGUGUCUGGCAUCUACUUCCAUUCCAGAAGUGAAAAAUACCAACAACUUGAGUUGGUGCAUGUAGCAGAUCGAGGCUGUGUCGGCGCCGUCGAGUUUCGAUAG